GCGGAAGCGAUGAAGGCAACUCAGUAAACAACAGCAUCUGUUUUACCGGCGACUCUGUUUUCAUUGAAAUAGAGUUCCUUUCCUCUUUGAAUUACAGAUUGCUAUUAUUAUCGAAGCAAGUAAAUUAUCUUCUUUUGUAAUUUUUUUUAGUCUUGUUCAAAGCUGUGGUCUAAAAAUGUCAUUAUUGAGCGUACAGACGAGGAAGCACACAGCUUACAACAACCCCCUAAUGUCGACAACCAGGACCCCAGGCAGAGAGUUUCUGGCCGAGAGAAAAGCAGUCAAGUCCGGAGUCUCCGCGUUUGAGGACGAAGAUAAAAGCAGCGCCAUUAAUCGGACGUAUGUCAUCUCUGCACUGUCAAAACGCGGACAGACGCCCUGCCGAGGUCGGCUCACACUUCAGAGGAGGUCACGGCGAAAGACCGGAGCUGAUAGCGCGGAGGACACGGCGAUGGAAAGCAGUCAAAAUAAUGUCACAGCAGUCCCGGACAAGAGAUUGACCCUGCAACGGAGGACCAAGACGCCCUCUGUGGAUACAAAUGCUUUGGUCGCCGUUGCGGGUUCACCGGCAAGACCGAAAAUCCUCCAGGAAUUCAACGGAAGGACUGCCGCUUUGCACCGCUCUAUCAGCUUGAGAGAGACGGCGAGUAAAGGACGCGAAGCCUCAGGUCAGCCGGAAACGCAAGGGAGGCCGGCACAGGACAAGACGCCACCCUCCUCCUCAUUAAACCCCGCAGGUAAACCGCAGGUGGAGCAGGCCCACACAUUCAAAACUCCCACCAGAAAGACACCCUUUGGAAAGAUCGCAGCACGCAGAGACGUGUUCGAGAAACUCAAUCUAAAAGACACCCCGAAACCGGUGCUGGUCAAAUCUGCAAGUCUGGACAGGUCCAAAUCCAGGAAGCAAGCAGAGUUCACCAAACCGGUGCCGACUCCUCACCCCAGUAAGGCUGCUGUGCUGAAAGCCAACACAGCAACACGGGUGAAGGCCCCAGCAGGGGCCCUGGCCUCAAAGGCAGACCUCACCACAACCUCAACCUCUGCCCCAGGACCUUCUCAGCAGUCUUUGCCUCGUCCCAGUGAGGUCUCCAAACCACAGGACUCACUUAAGAUGGAGAACAGUGCGGUGACUGUUGCAGUACGCGUGCGCCCUUUCAAUGCCAGAGAGAAGGCAGAAAAGGUCUCCCAGGUUAUCUUCAUGAGGGGUCAGGAGACCGUUGUGCAGCAUCCAGACUCCAAACAGAGCUAUUCUUUCAUCUACGACUACUCCCUGUGCUCGGUUGAUUUGAGGGACCCCUCCUUUGCCAGCCAGCAGAUGGUGUACGAGACUCUGGCGAAACCUCUGCUGCUCAGGGCCUUUGACGGAUUUAACACUUGCCUGUUUGCUUAUGGUCAAACUGGCUCUGGAAAAUCAUACACGAUGAUGGGCUAUGGAGAGGAGGCCGGAGUCAUCCCUCGCUUCUGCCAGGAACUUUUUUCAAAGCUGUCCUCCAUGGAAAAUGAGCAGGUCAAAUGUCAUGUAGAGAUGAGCUACUUUGAAGUCUACAAUGAGAAGAUCCAUGACCUCCUGGUGACCAGAGAAGACCCUAACCAGAGGAGGAUGCCUCUGAGGGUGAGGGAGCAUCCAAUCCAUGGACCUUAUGUUGCAGACCUCUCUAUAACCAUUGUGAGCUCUUACAAUGAUAUUCAGGGGUGGCUAGAACUAGGAAACAAGCAGAGAGCAACAGCCGCCACCGGAAUGAAUGACAAGAGUUCCAGGUCACACUCCGUCUUUACUCUUGUAAUGACUCAGACUAAGACAGAGAUUGUGGAGGGAGAAGAACAUGACCACAACAUCACCAGUAGGAUCAACUUGGUGGAUUUGGCAGGCAGUGAACGUUGCAACGCAGCGCAGACAAGCGGAGAGCGACUCAGGGAGGGUGCCAGCAUAAAUAAAUCUCUACAUACACUGGGCAAAGUCAUCUCUGCACUGGCUGAGCAAGCACUAACCACAAAGAAGGUCUUCAUACCCUACCGAGAGUCUGUCCUCACUUGGCUGUUAAAGGAGAGCCUCGGUGGCAACUCCAAGACAACUAUGAUUGCCACACUGAGCCCGGCAGCCAGCAGUGUGGAGGAAAGCCUAAGCACUCUGCGAUACGCCCAACAGGCCCGCACCAUCAUAAAUGUGGCCAAGGUCAAUGAAGACACAAGUGCCAAGCUCAUCCGAGAGCUGAAAGCGGAGGUGGAGAAGCUGCGGGCGGCCCAGGCGAGCUCCCAGGGUAUCCAACCAGAGCGCGUCAGGCUGUUUCAGCAGGAGAUCACUGCACUGAAAAACCAACUCUGCCAGCAAGAGAGAGAAAUGGUGGAGGCCAACAGGGCAUGGAGGGAGAAACUGGAGCAAGCUGAAAUCCGUAAACGUGAAGAAACAAGAGAGUUGCAGAAAUCAGGCGUGACAUUUAAGGUGGACAACCGUCUGCCCAAUCUGGUCAACCUGAACGAGGACCCUCAGCUGUCUGAAAUGCUUCUCUACAUGAUCAAAGAGGGUCGAACCGCCAUCGGCAAACUCAAGUCUGACUCCUUCCACGACAUCCAGCUGACUGGAGCCCUCAUUGCUGACCAGCACUGUAUUCUAACCAACACCCGUGGUACCGUCAGCAUCACUCCCAUGGAAAAUGCCAAGACCUUUGUGAAUGGGAACUUAAUCAGCAAAUCCACCGUUCUACAUCAUGGGGACAGGGUGAUUCUUGGAGGGGACCAUUACUUACGUUUUAACCAUCCAGCAGAGGUGCAGAGUGGGAAGCGUGUGUCAUGCUGGACAGGUGCAGGUGACGGCCACAAAGACUUUGAGUUUGCCAGAAAUGAGCUGCUCACAGCUCAAAGAGCUAAGCUGGAGGCAGAGAUUGAAGAAGCUCAGGUUAAUGCCAAAAAGGAAAUGAUGCAGGGAAUCCAGAUGGCUAAAGAGGUGGCCCAAAAAGAGCUGUCUGACCAGAAGGCCCUAUAUGAGGACAGAAUCCAAGUACUGCAAAAAGAGCUGAAGGAGGAAAAUGAGCGCAAGCGUCUCCAGGAGCUCGACCAGCAGAGGGUGGCCAGCCAGAUGGAACAACUGAAGAUGGCCAAGCUGGAGCUGGAGCAGGAGGUGGACUCUCAGAGGAAACGCCUCCGUCUCCACAUGGAGACGCAGGUGAUGGAGGAACACCAUGUGUGUCAGGCAAGGAUUGUGGAUGCAUUGGAGGCAGAGAAGAGAAAGCUUGGCAAAGAACUUGAAGAGAUGCAGAAAAGAGGCGCCAUGAGGGUAAAGCACACGCCUCGGGAUGUAUGGCCACGCUGGGAUGCUAUGAAGCUGUCCUUGAUGAUUGAGGAAGCCAAUAAGAUCAGCGCAAACUUAAAGAAAAACACUGUUUUCAGCAGACAUGAAAGCUCCGAUGAUGGCAGCCAAGGCCAGAGGGAGGUGCAGCAGGUGCGGGUCCAAAACACCAAACUGGGGAUCUCUACUUUCUGGAGCAUUGACAAAUUUCAAAACAACAUGGCUGCCAUGAGGGAGCUGGAGCAGGGUGAUCCUUCUUCCAAGGAUGACGAUGUCUUCUAUGACCCUGAUGAUGAGUGGGAGCAAGACAUAUCUUCUUCCUCCACCUCCACCUUCUCACAUCGAAGGAGAAGGAGUUUGUUAAAGAGCAAAAGACUCUCUGGGCGUCUUUAUGAGAUCCGUGUCCAUCCCAUCCAGAGUCUGCUCACGGGCUCCUCCCACUCUGACGGGUUGAUGGGUGUGGCAACACCGCCCUCCAAACAUUCCAGCAGCACACAAUCUGCCAUGCCUGGUAUCUGCAAGGACCUGGUGGGCCAAUCGGUGGCUCGUCUGCGUGGUUUUGGAGGCACAGAGGAGAGCUUGGCUGAUAGGCUGGUCUCAGAUCUGCAGCGGGUACACACGGCCGUCCAGAUCAUUUCUGAGCUGUACGACAGUUUAGAUGAUGACAGCCAAGACAGCGUGUUUGUGUGUAACGUGUCAGCUCAGACCCAGCUGAUCAAGGCCACAGCAGCCACAGAGAGUGCGGUGUUUGUCGUCACACAAUGGUUGGCCAACGUGAAAGCCUCCUCUGGUCCAGUCUACACCCUCGCUGAGGAGCUCAAGAGCCAAGUCAAGAAGAUGGGAGGAUUUCUCCAGCUUCUCCUUCAAGGUUGUGAGUCUGAGAUCACAUCAAUGGUGGCUGAGGCGCGAAGGAAGAGUGGCCAGUGCCUGGGUGCUGCGUUACUUUCACUUAGCCAUCUGGCCACCUUGUCAGGAAUGCCGCUUAGUGUUAUGGAGCUGGAUGGCCAGGCCACAGGCAAGGCGUCAUGUGUGGAGUAUCUACGAAAAGGGGCCAAUAAAGGUCUCCACUCAAUCCUGGAAGGAAGCCUCGGCAUGGCCAGAGAAAUGCUGAGAGAUGCUCAGCUGGCUUAUCCAAGAAGCCCAGUGCUGCAGUGGCUUAAGUCCAAGACACUUGAUUUGGCCCGCUCCUUGCAGAACUACAUGAAUUGUCACAUUGUGAGUAUCAAAGAGGACAACGAGGCUGACCUGAAGGAUGUGGAGGAAACGUCAGCCUCCAAACUGCAGACCGUAAGGGCUACCGCGGCCACGUUGUUCAAGUUGAACCACGCCAUCGAGCAGCUGCACGGCUCUUUGCGUAACACCCUGACAGGUAAAGAUGGCCACUCCACGCUGAGCAGCUCCAGAGAGCUUAUCUCCUCCUCUGCCAAGGCUGUUGAUGAGAUUAUCAGAGGUCUCUCCAAGGAAGCGGCAUUUGUGCUUUCCCUGCAUCCUCCCUGCGGCCAGGCUCUGAUGGCUGCACAAGAUGAGCUGCACUCUGCCCUGCAGUCUCUAUCCGUGCCAUGGGAUCAGCAGGAGGCAGCUGAGAUGACUUCAGAUGAAAGCAGAGAUGAUGCUCGGGUACCCAAAGAAAGUGCUGCUAGACAUGGAGGCGUUAAUACGUUUGUAUAUUCCCUCCCCCCAGGCGUCACGUCCUAUGGUAGCCCACGCUGGGUCUAGUAUUUAUCUCUACAUAAUGAAGGAGGUGCUGUAAAAAGUCCAUACAGAAUAUCGUUUGCACUUGCUAAGUCAUACGUUGUUUUCAUUCCUGGUAUAUUUAGUGGCUCAUGUGAUGGGAGAUCACUGCUGUUGGCUGGCUGAACAAGGGUCACGCUCUUUCUUUUGAUGACACCAUGUAUUCGCUGUGGCAAUGCCACCUUUAUUUACAUCUGCUUUUGUUGACGGGAGAUUCAGACCGCUUUUUAAUAUGUUGGUCACUACUUAACCCCGAUUGUUGUCGUUUUAUUUUAGCAUUUUCAGCAGCCUCCUUCUGUGUUUUCUCUUCCCUGGUACAUUCCAAUAAUGGGAGGCUGUGAAACAUGGACAUCUGCUCCUUGCGUCAAUAAGAGUUCAAUAACUAGUGGCCAGGUGAAAGAUGAUCACUCCAACGGGGAGGCUCUUAGUAGGUCUUCGUCAGGGAGUAUAUUUGCAUUUCCUGCAUGAUCGCUACUAACGCUAUCGAUAUCUUACCAUAAUACCAUACAGUCUCUGAUGUGAUGGAGAAAUGCACUGUUUCUAAACUUACCUUGUUGGGACACAUCAACUCAUGAGAAUGAAAUGUUUGCACCAUCCAGAAGGUUUCUGCUGUCUUAUUAUCUUUCUUAUUAUCUAUUAUCUCUAUCUGUCUUAUUUAUUUUAAAAAUCGAAUAUGUAUGACCUCUCCAUGUGACCACAAGGGUGCACGUUUAGCAAGUGCUGCCAGCCACAGCGUGGAGAGAAAAGAAAGUAAGCCAUGCAGUGAUUCAUGCUCCCAGCAUUACGUCAUUGGGCCAACCCCGAUCCAGACUCGGGAGAGAGGAGACGUUCAAGGACCUCAGAGGAUCCUUGGACUUCGGGGCGCUGUCUUUUUCUACUUGUUCCACCCACUUUUACAGCCUCCCCAAACUAUCCACUCUAAUGACGAAGUGACUGAGAAACAAGUAUUUGCUAAACUCAAAACCAAAGUGGAGAGAUCGAUGCUGCGUUCAAGACCAGACGUGCUAAUAGUUUCAAAGACAGUUGUUUCAGGAUGCACCAGUUAAUGUCUCCCAAUUUAAGUCUGCAUGUAAGUACUGGAUUACUGGUCACAUUACUUUCACAUGUUGCUAUGUGACCCACGAAUGGACCAAUAAUUGUCCUCGUUCAAUUAAAUUGGCCCUCUUCACCAUGCUGUUGACAUUUUGAUGCCACUUUAGUGGGUUAGAGCUGUGUCGA